AUGACUACAUGCGCCGCCGCAGCCGUAAAGCUUAGCAGGGAGCUCGCGCAGGUGCCCAUCACCGCCGUCGCCCUGCUCCGGGACCCCGCGACCGGCGCGCUGCACGCCCUCGCCGGCGAGGACACGGACCUCGUCGUCUACCGCAUCCAAGACGAUGACGAUGCGUGUCAGCGCGAAGUGGCGCGCGUGCGCGGGGUGCUGAGCGCGCAGCCCAUCCACGGCAUCCGCGUGCACCACAACAGCGUUCUACUCUGGGGCGGCCCCUCCGUCGCGGUGCUGAACCUGACCGACCUGCUGCUCCUACCGCAGCCGCGGGUGGCGCGUCUGCAGGCGCCGGACUGGAUCUACGACGGCGCCGCGUGCCCAUCCGACCACGCGCUCGUGGCGCUCGUCACCGCGCACAACGAGGUCCUCACUGCGCGGCUCUGCGACGGGAGGCUGGAGGUGGAGGGGCGGCUGGCGUCGCCGUCGCGGCCGAUGCUCUACGCGGCGCACGUGUGCUGGACGUCGGCGAGCGAGGUGCUCGUAGCCGCGGGGACGGUGUUUGGCGACGUCCUCGUCUGGAAGCACACCGCGGUUGGCGGAGGGAGCGCGCCGCGGAUGCUGUACACGCUGUCGGGGCACGAGGGGUCCAUCUUUGGCGUGCACGUCUCGCCGCUGAUGGAGGUGCCGGGUUGGGGAGGGGUGCGGCUGCUGGCGAGCUGCAGUGACGACCGCACGAUACGCAUCUGGAACGUUACGGAGAGCGAGGGAGAUGCGGAGGAGGAGACGAGCCCGGCGGCGGCGACGGGGGUGUCGGACACGGGCUUCCGAUGCGCACCGGCGGUCGUCGGAGGCGGGGAGGGCCGCGCUGACGUCGCGCCGAUCGCGACGGCCAUGGGACACGCCUCGCGCAUCUGGGGCGUCCAGUUCGGCCUCCCCUCCGUGCCCGCGAUGACCGCCGCCCAACUCCAGCCCUGGACCUCGGGUCGGUGCGUGGUCUCGGUGUACUCGUUCGGCGAGGACGCGACCGCGCAGCGCUGGAGCGUGGACGUGGCGGCCGCGCUGCGGGAGCCGCGGCGCCUGGAUCACGAAAAGACCUACACGCUGCACGACGGCAAGCACCUGUGGUCGCGGGCCGUCGUCUGCGACACUGCGGGUGGCGGCGUGCCGACCACGCACGUCCUGGCCGGCGGCGCGGACAGCAAGAUCACGCUGGUCGGGGAUGUGCCGGCCGCGCGCGACGACGGCACGCAGACGUGGGACGUGCAGGACGUUAUGGCUUCUAUGGGCCGGACGUCGCCGGCUGCUACGACGACCACUAAGCAGCAGCGCAAGGAGCUGCUCGGCCGGUACGACUUUAUCACGCCAGAUGUCUUGCUCGCGGUGAGCAACAUGGGCACGGUGCUACUGGCCACGUUCCGCGGCGGGCAGGCUGCUACGUGGGAGGCGCUUACGGUGGAUGACGAGGCUGCGCGGGAGGACAUGAGGAACGUGUACGCGGUCCGGACGGUCUCGCACGGCGGUGCGCUGCUCGGGUCCGUCACGGGCGGCGUGUACUACUUCGGGCUGCUCGACAGGCGCCUGACGAGGAUCGCGGGCCUCGCCGGUCGCGUGGUGGAGAUUACCGCGCUAUCAGAAACUUCGCUGGAAGUCGAGGAAGGGGAAGAGGUGGAGGCGCUGGUGCACCUGCACCGCGACGCCGCGUCGGUGCUGCUGACGCUGGACCGGACCACGGGUGCGCCGAGGCGGCAGGAGGCGGUCGCCGGGCUCGACGCGCGCUUCGUGGCCAUGUCCGCGGCGCGCAUCGGCGACGACCUACUAGCUAUCGGUUCCCGCCACGGCUGGAUCGCCCUGCUACGAAGAGACCCCGGCGGUGCGUUCCGUCCCAUCUUGGACCUGCCGCCCGCGAGCGGCGACGCCGUCACCGCCAUCGUCCCGCUGCCGCCAUCCCCCACAAGCCCAGCGACCAAGUACGUGCUCACGACGAGCCGCGACGGCAAGUACCGCAUCUUCCAACUCGACGUCGCCGAGGCCGCCGCGCGGAUGACGCUUGUACACGAGACGGCGCCGCCGUUUGGCCCGUGGAUCGAGGGCGCGUGGUUCACCCCCGGCACCGGCGAUCUCAUCCUGUACGGCUUCCGCAGCACCGACUUCGUCGUGUGGAACGAGACGCGGCGGGAGGAGCUGGCCGCGACGAACUGCGGCGGCGCGCACCGCACCUUUCGCCUAGCCCGUGGCGAGCAGAAAGACCUGCGGUUUGCGUUUACGAGGACCUCUAGGUUGGCGGUGCACUCGCAGCAGCAAAGGGGGGGCGCUACGUCGGUCGUGGUGCGACCGGGGCAUCACGGGCGCGAGGUGCGCUCCGUCGCGGCCUCGCCGACGGGCCGGUACGUAGCCACCGGCGCCGAGGACACCACGAUCCGGAUCUGGGCUGCCAACGGGGCGAUGAUGAGGCCGGUGGCGUACAUGAAGAGGCACGUGGUCGGGCUGCAAAAGGUGCAAUGGUGUCGCGGGGACGAGUACCUCUUCUCGGCGGGCGGCAACGAGGAGCUGUUCGCCUGGCGGGUGCGGACGCUCGACGAUGGCCGCGUGGCGGUCGUCUGCGAGGGCGCGCUGGCAGACAAGCGCAGCGCGCGGGAGGACCUCCGCAUCACCGACCUGGACGUGUCCGACGACGACGGCACGCUGGUGACGGUGGCGCUGUCGGACUCGGCGGUGCGGACGUACCGCUACACCCCGGCGGACGGCUUCGCGCUCAUCUGCGAGGGCCGGUACACGGGUGCGUGCCUCACCCAAGCGCGGCACCUGGACGUUGGUGGUGCGUUGCAGGUGGUGACGGCGGCGACGGACGGAUACCUGGCGCUCUGGAGAGGUGAUGGCGGGAGGUACGAGCUGGUGCAGACGCUGCGGGUGCACCAGAACAGCGUCAAGAGCUUGGACGUGGUGCGGCUGCGCGCCGGCGGCGGAGGGCACGGGGUGGUGACGGGCGGCGAUGACAACGCGCUGGCGUGGACGACGCUUCUACGGGAGACAGAGGGGGGGUCAGGCUUCCGGGCGGAGCUGGGCGCGGUGGUGGAGGGGGCGCACGCGGCGGCCAUUACCGGCAUCGCGAUGCUCGAGGAGGAGGAGGAGGAGGUGCGGUUCGUGAGCACGAGCAAUGACCAGUGGGUGAAGGCGUGGCGGGUGCUGCCGCAGGCGGGUGAAGGCAGCAGCAGGAGGAUGCGGCUGCUGGGUGAGGCAUACAGCGGCGUGGCAGAUGCGGGAGACGUCGCGGUGCUGGGGAACAAGGAGGGGGGUCAUGAUGAUGAUGACUCGUCGCGACGGGUGGUGGUUGCGGGCGUUGGGUUGGAGGUAUGGCGGUUGGGGUGA